AUGGCUACCUCUAUGAACCCCGUUGAACUCUACCAUGAUCCAUCUUUGGAUGGCCUGAUCGGCUUGAGCAGAACGAGAAGCUCACAUAAUGGUACAAGCCGGCGACAGAGCAAACUGUUAGCAUCGGAAAGUCCAGAACCAUCCGCUCAGCCCCCUCCGCUCGCACCUGAAGCUCCCCGCGGUCCGCCAAUCUCCUACCGAAAUUCCAGUUAUGGUGAAGGCACUGCUCAGAGGUCUUUUGCUCAAAGGGCAAGAGGAAAGCCAUACCAUCGUGAGGCUUAUGCGGAUGUAGAGGAUGAUGAAGAUGCUCAAGGAAGGAUGAAAGCACAACAGCGGAUCUCUGACGACAGCGAUCACAAAAAUGUCCCGUCAGGACCUCCUCGGAAGCCUGUUCCCACAGAUGGUCUGCGUCUAGACACUGCGGGCAUUGGUGGCUCUACAUCUGGCAAGCCAAUGGAGCGGGCCAGUCGCUCGGCGCAAGCCUCGGCGCGAGAGACAAUGUUCAAUGGGGACAGGUUCGCGCAACAGCAUAGACGCGUCUCUGACACUCCUCGACGUACUGAGGAACCCGUCUCAGCUAUUAGUAGGGCCAGCGCCUCUCGAGGCGAGGGUUCGAGACGAGAGUGGGCAUCUGAUCGAUCACCGCUGCAGAAGCUAGAGGUCACCUUGACCGAUAUCAGCAAGGAGGAGAAAAGAGCAAGAGUGCAAGAGGCUGAGAUGCUGUUGAGAGAGCGCGAUGCCAACUCGAGACGUGAUUUACCGACCUCGCCUCGAGAACCCACCUCGACCACCAGACAGCCACUACCCAGACGGGAUCGGGCAGUGGGACCUGACGGUGCAGUAUCUGAGGAUGUCGGUGGCUCGAAGCAAAAUGCGAGCAGUACUCAGCGGCAACAACUCAAGUCUAGUGUAACAGAGCACAACCGACAGUCUGAUAUGCGGACUCCAAGCGGUGCAAGCCAUCCUAGUUUUGAUUAUACGCUCUCAAGGAAACUUCAGCCGGGCGCUGGUGGUCAAAACCGGCAAUCCAGCAGCAAAUAUCGCAGGGACGAUGGAGCUGGUCAAAGCACAGCCGAGAAGCCUUCAACGGGUCCCGAAGUGGCUCGAUCCAGGGGUCAGCGAAUCAUGGAUGAAAGUCAACACUUGGACAACCAUGUACCCCAGAUUACCGCACGGGCCCCCGGACCCCAGGCUCCAUACGCCUCCGUCCGUCGCGAUCCCACUGAACAUCAAAGGAAUGCCUCCCAUAAAGCAGCACUGGAGAAACUGACGGGAGUAUCUCCACCAGUUACCGUUGCUAGAAAUGACUCUCGAAGGCUUCAAAAAAGCACUUCGUCAGGGGACGGCCGAAAAGCUUCUACUGGCAGUGGGCCCAGCAGGAUUCCCGUUCCAGCUGCCGUGACCAGUUCAAGAGUUGCAAAACAAGAAGCAUCGGGUCACGACUCGCGUCUACCAGAGUCCGACACCAUUCGAACUCAGCAGGCACCGCUUACACCUCCAGUGGGCCUAGGGCUUCAAGCAUCACCACAACCUAGUAGCCCACGAUCACCGCCAACAAAGGUGGUUGAUGUAACACGCCACCGGCAGCGGAAAUCAAGUGUGUCGUUCAAAGAGCCUAUGAGCCGCCGUCCCGUGGACGAGUGGAAAGAGGCUGGCACGGCAAGACUGACCCUCGGCGACUUCUCCACACAGCCUGAUACCUCUGUUGAUAGGGGGAAGACAUGGUGGGAACAGUCUGGCAGUGCAUCUGCCCGUCGACGCAGCAGGUCGACCAGAGUAUCUGAGCAGGUUGCUACUGACGGCCCGAUAGAUGACAAGACUGCCGAAUUCAAACCACGAUUAUAUCUGCGGUGCGGACCACUUCUUCGAUAUACUGGCAUGAGGAGGCAAAAGUCUGAAAGGGGCGCCGACCGCGAAUUUUGGAGAGGUAGUGUAUUGAUCGUUACGCAGGACUCAUACUCUUCAUAUGAUCCUCCGCCAACACUACGCCUCUUUUCAAAACCUCAAAGCCCACUGCCUCCUCCGCCUCAUCAUGUCACUACGGACGAGCUGGAGCCUGAAUAUGUUGAUCCCAUCGCUGGCCUAACCAAGCUCUCGAGGACGGGGCGAGCAUUAUACGUUCGUCCUGUUGAUCACCUUGAAGAGGGAAAAGACUUAUCUCAGGUCGAAACGGAUGAUGGGCUAUUUGAAAGCUCUCCCAGUCCUUCUGAUAUUGACAGAUCGAAAUCGACCAGCAGGGGAACUCCUGACCCUGAUGGUGAGCGACUAGGCAGGUAUCAGGAGGUUCAAGGGGCCAGAUUGUACGCUGAUCCAGACCGGGACGUGACUUUUUGGAGAUUCAAUCUCGAAGUUGAACUUGGCGAAAAUCAGCAACACAUCAAUUAUCGAAUUAAUCGUGGAGCUUCGGUCGGCUUCUGGGUCCCGGGCCGGGGAGAGACAAUGAACAUCAUGUUCCACAGUUGCAACGGAUUCAGCUUGUCUGUCAACCCGAACAAUUUCAGCGGGCCUGAUCCGAUGUGGCGAGACGUACUGAACACACACCAGACAAGACCGUUCCACGUCAUGAUUGGUGGAGGCGACCAGAUAUACAACGAUCGUGUUGCUAUUGAGUCUCCACUGUUUGGCGAAUGGACAAGAAUGCGCAACCCGGCUCACAAACACCAUGCGCCUUUCACAACAGAGAUGAAGGAAGAGCUAGAAAGUUUCUAUUUGAACCGAUACGCCAUGUGGUUCUCCCAGGGACUUUUCUCCAUGGCCGCUAGUCAAAUCCCUAUGAUCAAUAUCUGGGAUGACCAUGACAUUAUUGACGGAUUCGGGUCCUAUCCUCACCAUUUCAUGGAAACACCCAUUUUCUCGGGAUUAGGGAACGUGGCAUUCAAGUAUUACAUGCUUUUUCAACAUCAAAGCGUUCCCGAAGAGACGACAGCUCAUGAGCCCAGUUGGAUUUUGGGCCGAGAGCCUGGCCCAUAUAUUAGGCAGCCGAGCAGAAGCGUCUUCAUGCAUCUGGGUAAGCACGUUGCAUUUCUGGGACUGGACUGUCGUACGGAGCGGAUGCGGGAUGAAGUGCUGAGUGUGGACACCGUCGAUACAAUUCUUGAACGAUGUCGUCGGGAAUUGGUCGAAGGCGAGACUAAACAUCUCAUCAUUCUUCUUGGAGUUCCGGUUGCAUAUCCUCGACUUGUCUGGCUGGAAAACGUCUUGACCAGCCGUGUAAUGGAUCCUGUCAAAGCUCUUGGUAGGGUCGGAGUUCUCAAAGGCGGGUUCCUCAACAAAUUCGAUGGAGGAGUUGAGAUCCUGGACGAUUUGGAUGAUCAUUGGACGGCAACUCACCACAAACGUGAACGCAAUGAUCUCGUGCUCGACUUUCAGGAUCUUGCCGCAGAAAAAUCUUGCCGACUCACCAUCCUCAGCGGUGAUGUGCACCUGGCUGCCGUUGGCCAAUUUCACUCCAAUCCAAAGCUGAAAAUCCCAAAGGACAAAGAUCAUCGUUACAUGCCAAACAUAAUCUCCUCGGCCAUUGUAAAUACUCCGCCAUCGGACAUGCUGGCCGAUAUACUCAACCGGCGCAACAAGACUCAUCAUUUGGAUAAGUACACGGACGAAAAUAUGAUUCCUAUGUUUACGCAUGAUGUUGACAACCGAAGACGGAACAACAAACACAUGCUUCCGAGGCGAAACUGGUGUUCUAUUCGAGAGUAUGCACCAGGCUCAACGCCUCCGCCAACGCCGUCUCCGUCUGAAAGUCCGGAUGUCUCAGAUGACGAAGAAGAACACCAACAGGGGAGACCAGAACCUGGCCGACGACGUUUCUCGUUUUCCAAGGAGGAUGUCAACCCACGAGCUCUCUUCCGACGGCUGAGUUCCAGGAAUGCACCUCCCACGUCCUAUCGGGACACGAUGUAUGAACAAGGUCGUUCCGCAUCCCAUGAUGGUACUACUCAUCCGCCGAAGAGUGCUUCCAAUUCGCGCCAAUCUUCGGGGGAAUUUCAGGCCAUCCCGGGCCGUCGUGCAUCAUCUUUUGACCAGGCUCCUGUGCGACCAAAUAUGUUGCGUCGUCCCACCAAUCUGUCUGAAAGAGCCGCAAGAAAGGGAAAUGUCCCUGCCGUCGAUGCGGAGGGCAACGAGAUCGAUGUCAACGACCAGAUUAACCUCGACGGUGGUCUGGAUGUCGUGCUCAACGUGGAAGUCAAUCAGAAAGAUCCAUCGGGGAUAACCGCGCCGUAUCGGCUGCUUAUUCCAGCCCUGUGGUAUGAUGGCAGUUCUGACCGGGAAAAGCUGGAUGAAGCUGCGGACGUCAAAAGGAGGUCAAGUCUGUUGAACAGAUUUGUCAGCCAAAGACGUAGGAGCCAUAAGCCCGCACGGCAAGGGGAAGGUAACUGGGGACAGGUGCAGAGUGAUGACGAAAGCUAUAGUGACAAUGAAGACAAAACGCGGCUAGGGUCGACACGACGGCGGUUUAGUUUAUUUGGUGGUGGCCGGGCACCGAAGAGAGUUGAACCAGAGAGUGAUUCCGAAUCGGAGUUUGACCAUGAUGAACUACCAGGCAUGGGCGGGACAGGCCAAGCCGAUCAGUCGUUGCAGCAAGUACCUGGUGGUGGUCCAUCGAACACAGAAUCUCACUUUCGACAGGAUAAUUAUCAGAAGCCACAGCAGCAGCAGCAGCAGCAGCAGCAACGACAACAACCACUACAACAACAAACUCGGACAAAUUAUGUCCCGACCAACUCCAACUCCCACUCUCGACAAGCGGAAUCCGGAAUGUCUCAGAACCUGACCGGUCCACCAGGCCAUGACUUGCUCUACGACACGGAACGUCGUCCCCCACCCAGCCACAGCCUCGAGCCUGGAAGUGGAAGUGCCUCGGGCUCUGGUGGCCGACGCUCGCUGAUCAUCAGAUCUGCCACCGGCCCAACAGCGACGAGGCCUGGCACUGGCAGCGGUGGAGGAUAUUCUCAGCCCAGAAGCCCCAGUGACAACUGGACAAGUCAGCAAUACCAUGCAGCAGCUUUUUCUUCUUCUGCUGGGGGUGGUGGUGGUCGUGGUGGUGGAGGUGGUUCGUCGUCGUCUCCCAUUACCGGGCCGGCAUCUGCACCUCAACCACGCAAACUCAGCAAGCAGGAACGUAUUCUUGGUAUAUCGGCAUCCGACCCGCAACCGCAUGAUCCACCGCCGCAUCUAGCGAGGGGAACAGGGGUUGAACAACGAAAUACACCGCUGUCGGCCUACGAUAAUGUUUCGCAGCAACAACAACCGUAUCGAGGAUAUUCUGGCGUCGAAGCUUAUCAGGAACCCAAGCCGCGAAGGAGGACGUUUAGUUUCCGAAAAGCACGACAGUGGCUGGAUGGACAUGGAAGGCGGGAGGAAGGGCAUGUUGAGUACGAUUGA